GGAUACUAUACUGAACAGUGCUUUCUUUUUUCUGAACAGGGGAACUAUUUAAAAGUGUCGCCAUCUAUACUAUUACGAUCACUCAGUAGCAUGUUAAGAGAGGCUGCGACCAAGUGCUGGCGAAUAAAAAUUUGAGGAGGGUAUGACAUCACCCACACGUCAUGGGGAUAUGUACAUGACGUGCUAUGCAUGUCAACUGCAGGGAAAGGGCUAAAAAAUGUCAGUGACGUGACAAACGUUGCUGCCAGAGAUAACAUUCUUUGUACUGCGACUUACAUCGUUCUGAAUAUAACGAUGUUUUUAAUUAUAGCCGUUUUUGUGGAAAUCAAUUGUCAAAAAAUUUCCGUUAUCAACUACCAGUUUACUUUUCACCAUUUACUUGCCCAACUGUCCGGAAUAUCAUAUCAAAAUUUCAUAUUCACAACCCCACGCAGUAUUUGAUACGACGCGGUCAAACAUUGACAAUUUAGCUGCUAAAAUUGUUGGAAAAAAAAUGGUGGUCCUGUCUCAGUCCACUGAACAAACAGUGCUGCCAUCUAUCAUAAGAUAAAUAAACUUACCCAUUAACAAGUGUGUGUUUACCUGAGAUUGACCCUGACCUUAGCCCAUUUUGAUAAAGAGGAACCUAUCGAUAAAUAUUGUGCAAGUCAUCAAAACCAACCAAUCAAGAUGAUAAACUACGUCCUUGUUGAAUUUUCGUGCUAUUGGUUGGUGGUGACUAGUAGAUAAACUUAGGUGUUUUUAGAAUAUUUAGCACAUGCACAAGUCAGUUGAUUUUGGUGUCACCAUGUAAAGUGUAUUGAUCUAUGUUUGACCUGUGUAAAACCACUCACAUUCUAUUCAUAUCUGUGUUGUGUUCACUACAUGGAGUGUUACAGGAAUGUGGUAUUCAAAGGAAUGAAAAUGACAGCAAAUCAGAUAACCACUAACGGAAUCCUGAUCAAGAUUCAAUCGACCCUCAUGACUCAAUUGUGAGAUAUGGCGCCACCGUCUUCAACCGUCUCAGUAUGGCUUGUUUCCGUCCUGACCUUGCUCACGCCAGCAGCCGGGCAAAAGUGUCCACCCGAAUACUGCUCCUUCUGCUUACCGGAGGUCGUCUACUGUUCCGGGUUAAGCCUCGAGGUCACGUCCGACAGCCUGAACUACAUCCUAAUAUACCUACAACGGCCCAUGGGAGGAACUUUAAAGGAGUUUCUACUGCAGAGUGCAAAUGUCAGAGACCUCCGGGGAACGCAGAUCGGUGCGUCAUUACCAAAGCUUACGCAACUUUCAAUCAUAAAAUGUGAUAUCGCCUUCAUCAAUGAAAACACUUUUAAAGGUCUGACAAAGUUGACGGAUCUCUCACUCCGCAACAACAGUUUUAAAAACUUCAGUUUCGCACACCUGAACCCCAUAAAAACUGUCCAGAUAUUUGAUCUGAGUUCAAACAGUAUUAUGCAUGUUGAAAACCCAGCUAAGACUAUAUUCCCCGAAAUGCUAGAACUAAACGUAGGGGACAACCAGCUCAGUUUUAUUGAAAAUGAUUUCUUCUCCAAUUUUCCAAAUUUACACAAGUUGGUGCUAAGGAAUAACCCGUUGCAGAAUUUAACGCAUCUCACUUUCGGUGGCCUUGGAAACUUAUCCUCAUUGGAUUUAUCAAACACUCAACUAGUCUCAAUAGCUGAUGCAUGUUUUUAUGGAUUGUUCAGCCUUCGGUCGCUCGAUUUAGGCCAUUCUAUGAACACAAUGACUGAACAAAAUUUAAACUUGAAAUUUAGAGGAUUAGGCAGUUUAAAACGACUGACUUUGAGGGAUAAUGCAAUACAAAAACUUCCACAUCAGUUCCUGAUCAAAGAGCGCAGAUUUCGAGUAUUACAAUAUCUCGAUCUCUCACAAAACAACAUCACAAGGAUAGAGAACAGAAAAUUCUCAUCUUUACGAAAUUUACAAAUUUUGAAAUUAUCAAAUAUGUUAUCUCCAAUGUUGCCGAUACCGUCCUCCGCAUUCACAGGCUUGUUUAAUCUAACCUACUUAGAUCUACAAGGAAAUAAUUUGACUAUGCUCCCAUUGGCCGCUAUUGAGCCAGUCAAAUUCGCCAAAAUUUCUCUCGCGUAUGGGAACAACUUUCUAUGCAAUUGUAGUCUCCUCCAUUUGAAGAGGGACAUAAUAAACGGAUUGCUCAAGACUGAUAUUCAAUGCCGCAUCAAUGUGGAAAAAAUCUUCCUAUCACAAAUGACGGACGAAGACUUGGGCUGCACAGCGCCAUCUUUGAACGGCGGCAGGAAUGAAACUGUUGUCUACACAACUGUUGGAUCGAUAGCCUUGAUUCUCUGUAAUGCGAGCUCCAUGGAAGAGUUUCCACAAUUGACUUUUCAUGCAGUAGACGGCAACCCUCUCCCUUAUAACAAAUUCCUGGUGCAAACAAACAAAACAAUUACGAUAAUGCCCUACGGGCGAAAACAAUUCACGACCUCGGCAAAGAUUUCUGUCGAAAAUGUCGACAAAGAAAAUUCGGGUUUAGUUGUCUGUUCAGGGAAUACAACAUAUGGGAAAUCGGAAAGUUUCGUCUUGUUACACAUUCAGGAGCAAAAGUCUUCGACAAAUAACUGGACUAUAGGUGUCGUUACCUCUCUUGUGACAAUCUUGGUUGUGAUAAUCGUCAUUGCCGUAGCGAUAACCUGGCAACAGAAAAGAAAUCGGGAGAGACGUCUAGAAGAUGAGAGAAGGAGAAACGUUAGACGGACGAAUAGCUUGUCUUCAAACGAGUCGAACUCAGCGAGAGAAAAUAAUAGUGCUGAGACGCCAGCUGUGCCACAACCUGUGAUAUCAGAAACAUCUUUAUAAUCUGCUUUUAAAACCAAUUCGCUGCGGCAGCCAUUUUUACCCGGUGAGAUAUUGUGUAAAGCAUAGUUUUAUCUGAAAGGUCAAAAAUGUUCAUAAGUGUUGCCAUCUAUACUAUUUGGAUGAAACUAAUAUUCCCCAAAGAGAGACGCAAGCUGCGACCAAGUGCUGAUUAUUUUUUAGAAUUUUAGUGGGGCAUGACAUGACAUGUGAUGUAAUGCAACUACCCCUAGUACAUGUUUAAUGCUAAUUAGAAAACGUGUCUAUAAAACGGUUGUGGGCGCUAAGGUUCCGGACAUAGAAAACGCCACCUGCCAUCAAGCCAAGGUACUAGACUAGCACAUAGUAGUAUUAUAUCAAUUACAGCAGCAGUGUAUUAAUGGCAGUAUUCAUCUGCCUGUCAACCUGAUCAGACUUUCUAUUUAUGAAUGCCACUCACAGCUGAUCUCAUCUCCAAGCCUGAAUCCUGGCACUUCAGUAGUACCAAUUAUGAUCAGGGCCUGACCAUACUCAGGUAGUUAUGGGUUUAUGUUAUAUCUGGCAAUGAGCUUGAUGCUCGUUAUGAUGCAUUGGGCUGUAGCAGCAGGUAUAGGCAGAUGAAUACUUCUUUAAUAUAUUGCUGAUUAUAGGUCUAUACUCACAUAUAAGACUAGAACAUUGCCAUACUUGUUGCCUUAGAAUAUUUUUUUGGUUAGAUUGUGAAUAAAAUAUAUAAGGUUAUUCCAUAAAAUGGA